UCCUGGAAGCGCUAUUUAGAAUAUAAAAGCCCUAUACACUAUUUAAACUCGCUGUAGUGUAUCUACAGUACUGUGUGGGGACUCAGUCAGGUUAUACUGGUUGCUAGGAAACGGCUGUAAACACACAACGAAAAGAUGUCGUCCAGUUAUACCGCUAAUCAGUAUGAAAAUGCGUUUAAGUCUCAUAGACUACAGAGCUGGACCAUACCAAAACACUUCAAAGAGAGACCCUCGGCAGUAGAGGGUCACACUGGUUUUAUAGCCACAGAUCGAGGUCACCUGCUUCCAGGUGUAAAGCGCGGAAGCUCCUGGACAUCUUUUCAGGGUACCUGGGACUUGCCGAGCCGUAUCCCUCCAGUCCAUAUUAACCCUACAGCUCGUUCACAGGAGGGCCAGGAGCGCCUUAAGACUUGGAUUCUGUCCCAGAGCCUGGUCCAGUCAGCUACUGAUAAUAAGUACAAUAAAGAAGAUGUGGGCAGCAGGGCCUCCAGCAGAACUUCACUCAAUAAGAAUGCCAGUGUGAAUCAGCUGCAUGAAGAGCAGCAGGAUCCGGUGAGCUCUCCUGCUCCAGAUCCUGGUCAAGAACCGGUGCCAGAGAAGCCCCUGACGCCGCACAGUAACGUUCAGUCUAGACCAGCCACCCAGCAGAGCCAUGCUGAGUCUAGACCAGCCUCUAAGCAAAACAAGGCUGAAUCUAGACCAACUUCCCAGCAACACCAUGUUGGGUCUAGACCCCAGAGCCAGGCAAGCCAAGCUCAGUCCAGACCAGCAUCCCAGACCAGCAGAACAGGCUAGUGAGAGCUGAUUUACAAGCUCUUCCAGAGUUGCAGGAGGUGUCUUAAGGCAGGGAAAGCACUAAAGUGUGCAAGGCUGGUGUGGUUACUUAAUAUUUACACAUCAAAGAACAACUUAAAAUGCUUAAUAAAUGUAUUUACUGGCAACUUAA